AUGUUGGAUGAGGGCUGUGAACUGUCCCUCGACCACUACUAUGUCGCUCGUACUUGUAAUGUAACUGUUACAACUCUGGUUACGUUUUCUGACCUGCAGGAGUUUCGCAAUGUGAGUCAUAUGGUAGUACACCCCAACUUGACAGUGGCACGGGGGUAUCCAGACUUGGCGUUGGUGCGCAUUGCGAGGCCACUGCCCUACAAGGAGCAGAUACAGCCGGUCAGUUUGCCAGCGGGCGGUGUGGACACUGAGUACGAUCUCCCCUCCGGCCGUCGAUGCUACGUCGCUGGUUGGGGCGUAACCGCCCCCGAAACCACUAACGCACGAACAGCAAUAGCUCUGGUGACAGGCCUGUGCAUGAUAGAGGACCUCCUUUACACGCUGCCUCUGCUUCAGAAAGUAACGAUGCCACUGCUCUCCUUCAAAGACUGCGUCAAGAAGUACCCAUGGGCGAAAGACUUCCUGGUGGAGAAGGAGCACAUAUGCACUCUGUCUAUUGAGGGCAAGGACGCCUGCUCGGGGGACGCCGGUGGGCCGCUCGUCUGCGACGGGUUCAUGGUGGCGCUGGUGUCCACGGGUGUGGGUUGUGCAACGAAUACGAACCCAACUAUUUACUCGCGCACAGACACGCACAUGCACUGGAUUGUAAGAACAACUGAUUUAUUGAGGGCAAACAGCGUGUCUCGCCGACCAAAUACGACCGUGCUCCUCACGCUGACCAUGGCCCUCUCAAGGAUCUGCUAUACGUGGUAA